AUGAGUUUCGAAGCGAGACGACCGUCAACACCGCCUCAUGGAAUAAUAAUGCUAAUUGCUUGUGGCAAGGGAAGCCCUUUGGCAAGCAGCGGUUGGUGCGCGGGCAGUAUGCCGCGCGCCGGCGCAUUUUUGCUCGCUCUUGCGGCAGUUCUGCUAGCCGCUGAGUGGGCACAUGCCUCUUACAUUGAUCCCGGAGAAGACGAUGUCGAAGUAAACUUGCAAGAUUAUGGAGACGACCCAGCUGAUCUCCAGUUACUCCAGGAUGUUGGGAAGCGCGCCUGUGUGCGGCGAGGAGGCAACUGCGACCACCGCCCCGGAGACUGCUGCCAUUCCUCAUCCUGCAGGUGCAACCUCUGGGGCUCCAAUUGCCGCUGUCAACGUAUGGGCCUCUUCCAAAAAUGGGGGUAG